UGUGGGGGUGAAUUCGUCAAUUAACACGGAAACACCCCAGUUGCCACCUAUAUCCGCACUCACCGAAAAUCUUCACACACCAUGAAACGGCAAUGGAUCUUUAUUUCUUCCUUGAUUAUGGCAAUAACUUGUACUUCUGAAUUAAUGGAGCCUAAAUUGAUCUUAACGGUGUUUCUUUUAAUCUCUGCAACUGUCACUUCUGAGUACAUCAGACCUCCACCUCGCAAAACCUUGCAUUUCCCAUGGAGUUCCAGGCCUUCUUCUCAUCCCCAGCAGGUACACAUCUCUUUGGCUGGAGACAAGCACAUUCGAGUCUCAUGGGUAACUGAUGAUAAAUCUAGUCUGUCAACUGUUGAAUAUGGAACUUCGCCUGGAAGGUACAGUGCUAUAUCUCAUGGGGAGAGCACAUCUUAUAGUUAUCUAUUAUAUAGCUCUGGAAAGAUACACCACACUGUCAUUGGGCCACUAGAACCCAGCACUGUUUACUUCUACCGAUGUGGAGGACAAGGUCCUGAAUUCCAACUGAAAACUCCUCCGGCUCAGUUGCCAAUUACUUUCGCUGUGGCUGGAGAUUUAGGCCAAACUGGCUGGACUAAAUCAACUCUAGACCAUAUUGACCAAUGUAAAUAUGAUGUGCAUCUGCUCCCUGGAGACCUUUCAUAUGCAGAUUACAUGCAGCAUCGGUGGGACACAUUUGGUGAAUUGGUCCAGCCACUUGCUAGUGCAAGGCCAUGGAUGGUGACAGAAGGGAACCAUGAAGAAGAAAGCAUACCUAUAAUUAAGGAUGGUUUUCAAUCCUAUAAUUCUAGAUGGAAGAUGCCCUUUGAGGAGAGUGGUUCAAGUUCAAAUCUUUAUUAUUCUUUUGAAGUUGGAGGAGCCCAUGUUAUUAUGCUUGGUUCCUAUACGGAUUAUGAUGAAUACUCAGAACAAUAUAAUUGGCUCAAGGCUGAUCUAGCUAAGGUGGAUCGGAAGCAGAUACCUUGGCUACUUGUUCUAUUCCAUGUGCCUUGGUAUAAUAGCAACCAUGCUCAUCAAGGUGAAGGGGAUGGGAUGAUGGCAGCUAUAGAGCCAUUAAUUUAUGCUGCUGGUGUGGAUAUAGUGCUAGCUGGGCAUGUGCAUGCUUAUGAACGCACGAAACGUGUAAAUCAGGGAAACUCUGAUCCCUGUGGUACUGUUCAUAUAACCAUUGGAGAUGGAGGAAACAGAGAAGGUUUAGCCCCCAAAUACAUAAAUCCACAGCCAGAAUGGUCAGUCUUCCGGGAGGCAAGUUUUGGUCACGGCGAACUCAAAUUAGUGAAUUCAACUCAUGCUUACUGGACCUGGCACAGAAAUGAUGAUGACGAGCCCGUUAGGUCUGAUCAAGUUUGGAUAACCUCAUUGGUUAGUUCAGGAUGCUUAGAUGGAAAAAGACAGCUAAGGAAGAUUCUAAUGUGACCUUAGAAUGGUUGCAUUUCCACUUCCCACAUUGCUAGAUUACAUCAAUGAGAGUUUAUGCUUUACAGGACAAUGUAAAUAUUUUACAUGCUUAUGUCAACCGAAUAGUUGGUGCUAGAAUUGGUAGACAAUGUAUUAUCAAUUAAAUUGUUGUCUCCAACUGAAUUUGGUAAUCAAGCUCUCAACUCGAGUCUGUUCAUGCCUGUUAUCCUGUCAACGGUGUAUGACUGACUGGAAAUAGGCUUUAGUAAGUUUUACGUAUUGCAGCUUUUGUUGUUUUGUACAAGCAACUUAUGUUUUUAUUGAAUGAAUUCAAUUUAUCAGACAUUAUGAAAGAUGAA